GCCACAUUGCAUAGUUUUCGUAUAGAAUACUGCCUAUCGAUAUCACCUCUAUCUCUUCGAUAUCUCUUGCGACUACAAAUAAUAUACCUGCUUGCGUAAUGGAAGACAAAAAUCAUAGAAAUGACGACGGGAUGCCCCCAAGACCCGUUCCAAACCCAGACGAUCCACUACCAUCUAUCGAAAGCAACGACCCAGGCUCCAUGCAGAAUCUAGAAGCUCCAAUGCCUCUUGCUAGAGAACGAAGGCCACAACGAGGUGGGCUAAUUGGAAGUCAACCUCAUCGAAGAGCCCCCAUUACUUCGCGAAUACCAUCACAACUCCUGGAAGCAAGAAGAGGCUCCAGUCCCGCUUAUGCGGCAGCUCUCAGCCAAUACCUUGGUCCUAUAAAUCCUCGAGGACAUCAAAGACUGUCUACCAAUCCUAUACCUGCUCCGAUAUUUGAUCAAGUUCAGAUGCCAGAGUCUUACCUGAGAAGAACGAAUGCUGAGAGCACGCAGCCAUUGUCUCGGACUCGCAAUAAUAAUACAGCAGGCCUUGAUCACCCGGCAAGAGCGCAAUUACCACCAAAACAAGCUUCAUUUUCUGGUCGAAUAGCUGAUCAGACUAUGACAGACCGCGUUCAAGCGCCUUCUGGAAACUUCCACUACACAGGUCCUAUCAGCUACAAUCCGCUUACCGAGGCACUUAAUCCCCAAAAUGCUUCAUUCUACCCAACCCCGAUGUCCCCCAACCCAAGAAAGCGUGGUAAAAUGCAAUCUAACGCUGCUAAUCGCUCCUUAAUCCAGCGAUCUGACCCCGCAAAUCAAAGGUCCUCUCAAGGAGAUUCAUACAUGGGAGGCAUGGAUGUAUCAGUAGACUUGCAAGCAUUGGGUAGCAUAGCUGUUGGAUCAAGUAAUGCUGCACAAGGCCCUUGGGGUGCUUUAAUUUCUCAACCAGAAACAAAGCGAAGACGACCAAUAGAUUCGAGGACCGAGAAUACGGACUCUAACACUAUGCAGCCCCCACUAUCGCGUUCAAUUGCUCCUAGUCCUCCAGAAAUAAACCCUGUUCCAUCAUAUGCUGUACCGGUCGCUCUCAAGGAACAGAUAAACACACCGCGUCCAGAGCGUGAAGCUACAUUCAGUCUUGUCAGAAAUGCUGCUGUGAUGCUUGACCCCUUCACCAAGAUAGUUACAGCCACCGUCAAGCUUGUAGCGGAAGAUGGUCAGAUUUGGGAGUACAAAUAUGCGGGAAAUAUACGGAGCUGGAGAAAAGGUCAAAAUGGAAAGGUCACUGUCGCAAAGCUCAACGAGUGGGCAAAUUCUAUCCUACGUCGCAGACUUCCUGGCAGCUUCCCUCCUGCGGUAAAGAAGAGAAUCUAUUCUGCUCCUCCUCCACCUAAGCCAAAGGCUGAUAAAUGGACAGAGUGGGAGAGAGCAUUUCUAGAAGCACAUAUAAUAGAAGGAGUGCAGGAAAAGAUGGCCAGUUUAGAUGAUAAUGAUUGGCAGCUUAUCGCAGACGUUCAAAAUGAGGAGUUUUAUAGACGUGAGAGGCUUCCCGGAUUGCCUAUGGCACGGUUAACCUCGCGUACUCUCACCAUUGACGGUGUUCCAGCAAUCAGGGGGGGUGGUUAUACUAAGACCGAAGGCUACUUUCCAAAGCGCUCAAGCUCUGAGAUACAGAACAUUAUCUACUACUGGCCUGAGAUUCACGAGAAAAUUAAGGAGGUGGUCAGGAGACACCGUGGAAAGAUUCCAACUUUUGUAGAUUGUAACACUGAUGUCAGUGACUCGGAACGUACCUCAGAUGACGAGAAUGGGGAUAAGGAGCCGGAUGAAGCUGAUAUUGAUGCUUUAAAGCCCAUUUCUGAAGAUUUAUAGUUAUUUGAGGAGUGGUUUGAGAAUUUUUGAGACUCAUUCGCGGUUUUAAGAGAAUUAGCGUAGGGAUUAUGAGCAUUAGUACUAGGAAAUAACA